UUUUCAUUGCCAUUGACACCACCAAUCUUCAUCCACCAUUCUCUGCUCUCUGCAACAACCAGUCAGCAUCUAUGCCUUCUUUUUCAAGAAGAAAGACAAAACAACCAAAGAAACACAAAACUUGGACCAUUCUCAACCACCAUUCUUCUCCUCCUCAUCAAAUCCAAGGGGAAGCUGUUUCGGCAAACAACACCGAGAAAAUGGAAGGAUUUGUGAACGGAACAAUACAAGACAACCAUAAAGCACAAUCACAAUCUUUGAGUGAAAAUAAGGAGGUGGCCGUUGAAGUUGAUGAUUCCCAAGAUGGUGAUAUUGUCAUCACUCAUGAAGAGGAAGCACCGCAAAAUGAGGAGAAUAAGAUGCUGGUUGAGUCAGGCAAAGUUGAAGAGACACGAGAGGAUGUUUCGGAAUCAGUAGUGUCUGAGACUUUUGAGCCUGAUACUGUGAAAGAUGCUCAUGUGGAGAACACAGUGGAAUCAGACACUGUUAUGUUAGAAUUUAAUGAAGAUUUUGAAUCUGAUCCAGACGGGGUUAAGGAAACAGACUUGUAUCCUUCAGUUUCGAGGAAUGAAGGAUUGAGAGAGACUGAAGUUGCAGAAGAGGAGAAGAAUGUUGUGUUUCAUGCUGCAGGUGAGGAAGCAAAUGUUUGUGGUGAGUCUUCUUUAGUGGAAACUUCGGAGACAAGUGUUCCAAAAUCAUGUGAGAGUGACAAGGUUACUCCAACCAUAAUUGAAAAAUCAUUGGAUUUGAAGCAAAGUUUGGAAGAGAAAGUAGAGGAAUCAUCAGGUGGUCUAGAAGAGUCAUCCUAUGAAAGUGCCAAGGAGUCAUUUCAACCAUCACCUAGUGUUGUUCCUGAUGCUGAAAGCAAUGAAAAUCUGACCACUGUCCCUAUGGCUCAAAGGGAAAUCUCCUCUUGGAAAAGUUGCUGUGGACUCAUUGAGAUUAUGAGGGGUGGUCAUAGAUAAUUCAAGGGAGGAGUCAUUGCACAUUCUUCGAGGGGCAUCAUCUUCUAUUUCUACUCUGCUUUCCUGCUUCGUUUCAUUUCAAAAACGACAAACAGAUGCUACAUUUCAGUUGUGGCAUUUUGUGGAGUUCCAUUAACAACAAUUUAUUAUCUCACAUUAUAUUAAAAAUUACUUUCUGUCCAUUUUUACAUUUUCUUUGAUUUUGUGAUAUUUUACACUGAGCAGUUUCACGCCUUUCUAGUCUA